UGCCAAUCGAGGAACGUGUGGUAGUGACUGGCGCGAUGCUGGAGUUCCAGCGCCGGAUCUACCUGAGACACUACUACUUCAGCAACAUGGUGUUGGAUGACAUCAAGAAGCUGCAGCAUAGGCACUUCCGCGACAUCAACACACUGCGCGAGUACCAAGCAGUCCUAUGUCAUUCCGUGAAACAAAGUCGUGAGCUAAUAGCGGCGCACAUGUCUAAUACACUGUUGUUAUUACAUUUGUUCCCAAAAGUGUGGCGAUGUAAAUGAUCUGUGGUAUUUACUCCUGGAUGCCUUUGACAGCAAACGACAAAGAUACCCCAUCGAUUAAAUGGUUCAUUCCUGUCACUGUUCCCUCGACAGCUUGCUGCCGCUGCACGCUCAAGUUCGUUUCUGCAACCAUGCAGUGCAUGUUGCAAGACGCUUCCAUAUGUGACAGCGUUCUGUUUAUCAGAAGUGGAUCGUGGCGUCAUGCUGCGGAGUGGCAAUCAGCUUUGAGAUCAUACUCUGCAGCUCAGCACUGCUCAUCUGGCUCAGAUCCAGUCGCACCGGCUUUGGUGAACACACGGUCCGUGAGCAUGGUGGGGUCCUUCUCGUUGGCAUUGUCGACUUCAUCCACACGGUUGGACAAAAAACUUGACAACAACUGCUCUGACCAUUCGAAAUUGUGCCGAUUUUGCUGCUUGCUGUGGCCGCUGCUGUUGUUGCGAGCUAUCAGCCACGGCCGACUCAACGCCAGAGACAAGGACCAUGGAGGAGCAUAUCGAUAUCGGCUGCUGGAAUUGACACUGUUGCUAGAUGUGUUCGAGGCGGAUUGUUGGUUAGGCGCUUUGGUGACUGAGUGAUCCCAGCGUCUGGAAGUUGCUCCUGAGACAUUCGAGGACGAGCAUCGUAUGCUGUUCGAAGUGUCAUUCAACUGUUGCAGAUGGGCAAAGCGAGAUCGUAGGUUCGCCCAACCGCUCUAUUUGGCCCAGCAACCUCUGCACUCCACUGAAUUUGUAACCGGAUGGUUGGUUGCUGGCCUGUGAUACGGGUUGCUCAUUGCUCAUCUCUGUAGCAUGCUUAGGCGCAGGGUCAAUGACGAUACCCUCAGAUUCAGGGUGCGCUGGUCCUGGCUAUGCCAUGGCUCUACGCUAAACUGCCUAGCUGCGUUUCC